AUGGAUGUGGGUUGCUGGUGGGUGCUUGGUCCAGCAGCUCUCCCAGGAGGGCAGGUGACUGAUGUGCCGCUCCUGCUUCCAGACUCUGAGGACCGUGAAAGCCUCCUGAGGAACGGGGUGACGCACAUCCUCUCUGUCCACAGCAGUGCCAGGCCAGUGCUGGAGGACAUGACCUAUCUCUGUAUCUCGGCCUCAGAUUCAUCCAGUCAAAACCUGCUGCAGCAUUUUAAGGAGUGCAUCAAGUUCAUCCAUGAAUGCCGGCUCAGUGGGGGAGGCUGCCUCGUCCACUGCCUGGCUGGGGUCUCCCGCAGCACCACCAUCCUGGUGGCUUACCUCAUGACAGUGACUGAGCUCGGCUGGGAGGGCUGCCUGGCUGCCACCAAGGCUGUACGGUCCUACGUCAGCCCCAACUUUGGCUUCCAGCAGCAGCUGCAGGAGUAUGAGGUGACCCUGCUGCAGGAGUACCGUGCCUGGAUCCACCACGACUAUGGCAGGAACCCGUUCAAGGACCAGGAAGAGCUGCAGCACUUGUUGGCUGGGCAGGAGCAGGGGCAGAAGGAGCAGCAGCUGGGGAGCAGGGAUCGCUCCUGGCUCCAGUCUCCAGCUCCCACCUACCCGCUCCCCUACCAUGCAGGUGGCACUGGCAGAAGCAGACGGAUGAACAGAUAAGCAGCUGGCUGCUCGCAGGCAGACAUUGGCCCUGGGGCUUGGAAAACUCAGUCUUCCCUUUGCCAAGUGCCUGCGGGGGUUCAUGUAUAGGGCAGAAAGCAGCCAGCAUCGGCCUCGGCCGUAGGCUUGAGUGUUGGAGUGGAGGGGAUCAGGACUUGCAGACCCUUCCCUUGACUGCUGGCUCCGUGUAUGCCUCUGGGCAAGGCAGUUAAUUGAUGCCAGACUCUUGUUCUGUCCUGUUCCCUCAUUCCCCAGUGGAUGGGACCCACUUUUCUAUCACUCAGAGCAGCAGCAAGCCCUGUCCCUCUCCCACAGCACAGUACCCAGGCGCUCCUCCCACAGGGCAUGGGGAUGCCAGUGCAGACCUUGGAAAGCCAGGGCAGGAUGAGAUGGGGAGAGGCCACAUUGUCUUCUGCUUUGCAGUGAAGCCCGGGGCUGAUGCAGCCUGCCCCGAGGAGGGAAGGAUGGGUUCCAGGGCAUGGGUGUCAUGAUGCUCGGUUCCUCUCUGGAUGCUUUGCACCCGCAGGUUUCAAAUUCCUGAUUCCAUGCCUUCCAUCCUUUUUGUAAGGUGUUUGGUAUUGCUGGGCAUGCUCCUACCACUCAUCCCAGUAAGUCCUGCUUGCUGGAGCCACAGCUGUCACCCUGCAGGAUGGGGAGAGGGGCUGCAGAUGCCCCUUGCCGUGCUUGGACUUUCCUGGUCCUGUCUGUCCUCGGCAGAUAUCUGUCUGGCAUUUUUCUUAAUGCACCCCCACCAGGGAGGGGGGAAAUCCAGCGGUGCCGGAGGCUGCCUGUCCCCACCACCUCCAUCCCCGGAGCUGUUUUGGGUUUCCCCUGCUGCCCAAUCUGAAUGUCCCUGAUUGCAAAAGAAGCCAAUUGCUUGAUUGGACUUGGUUGACCCACAGACCAAUUUAAUGCUGUCCCUCUCCAACAGCCUUUUUAAUAUCGAAAGACCAUGACUGUGCUGCUUUUUUCAUCCCAAAUUGACAUAUGUGUUGCCAAAGCAUGGGCUUACUUUGCCAGGACUCCCCACAUCUGCCCUGCAAGGAGGUCCCCAACACAUUGUCACAGCCCUGCUACAUUUAAACCUUCACCUCUUCCACGCCAGCUUGGCCUUUUAGUAUAAAUACCUUGCUUGGCUUCUCAAAAAUAUCUGUUCUGCAACCUGUUCUAAGAAAAAAAAAAAAAAAAGGCAUUUAAAA